AUGCCUGGAGAUGGAGAGGACACCUACGUGUGCACCCUUCCCGACUGGCUCCAAGAGAAGGCAGAAAAAGAGCUGAAGGAACGGAAGGAAACUCGAGCAGACGACAUCAAAGCCAUUCGACACUGGCUGGAGAAACAGCCUCAUCUUCAAAGCGUGCCUCGAGAUGAUCAGACGAUCCUCAUGUUCCUGCGGGGAUGCAAGUUCAGCUUGGAAAGGACUAAGGAAAAGCUGGACAUGUUUUUCUCCAUCAAAACUCUGCUGCCCGAAUUCUUCGAGAACGGGGACCCGAUGCAUCCGACGAACCUGACCAUUUUACGCCUUGGAGCGUGCCUUCCAGUAGAAGGCAAGUACGACGCUGAAGGAAGGAAAAUCAUAAUCAUGAGGCCGGCUGUUCACGAUCCUGACAAGAUCAAGCAGGAAAACAUAUUCCGUGUGAAUUGCUUCAUCAUGGAUAUCAUCCUGCACGAAUUCAAAUCUGACACUUCUCGACGAUUAUUCCAGGACGAGCAGACUCAAAUUUGCGGCUUCAUUGGGGUGAUAGACAUGGCCGGAAUGACGUGGGCACACGGCAUGGCAAUCAGCCCAACUCUGGCCAAAAAGGCCAUGACGGUCUGGCAGGACGGAUACCCGACAAGGCCGAAGGGGUUCAAUUACAUCCACACUCCUCCUUUUUUCGAGACUGUCUUCAACAUCGUCCGUGGUUUCAUGAAGGAGAAGAUGAAACAAAGGCUCAGCAUUCACGGGAGUAGAUUGGAAUCCUUGCACCAGAACGUUCCGCCAGAUCUUCUGCCCGAAGAGCUGGAUGGAACAUAUGGAAACUACAAAGACAUGGCUGAUUACUGGAUGAAGAAGGUCCUGAGCCAUCGUGAAGUGAUCAUGGAGAGGGCAAAGCAGAAGUCCAACGAGAAACUCCGUCCCGGGAAAGGCAAGAGCUUCGAGGAUGUCUUUGGCAUCGAGGGAUCGUUCAGGAAGCUCAACGGCGCCAGGAUGGAGAGGCAGCCGCCCUCCCCCCCUGGAGCCCCUGGGACAGAGCUUGGCGCCCCCUUGGAGGUAAUACUUUUCCCAUCUGAUAUCGCUCAGGUGGGGUUAGGUGUCCCCGCUUCGCUGCAAUGCCCCCUCUUUCAGCCAAAAUAUGCUACUUCUGCUGCUUCAGAUUCCUCCCAGCGUCAGCUGCAUAAGCACCAUGCAGAAUUUGCGGCUCUUCUCUAUACUUACUCCACUGUGAGCUUUGUGUGCUGUACUACUCCUAGCAUGAGUUUUGACAAGGUUCAUGUCCGCCAUGCUUUGCUUCAUGAGUUUCGUUUGGACCACUCUCCCGCUGAAGCUCACCGGAAUAUAUGCAAAGCAGAAGGGCACGAGGUGAUGACUGAGCAGACGUGCUCGAACUGGUUCAAGCGUUUCAGGUCUGGGGACGUCAGUCUCGAAGAUAAGGAGAAGUCAGGAAGACCAACUGAGGUGGAUUUGGACCAGCUACGCAGCCUGAUAGAGGAUGACCCAAGUGUUUCCACCAGAUACUUGGCGAGGGUACUUGGUUGCUCUCAUAGCAGCAUCCACCGACAGCUCAUCUCUCUUGGGAAAGUUUGUAAGGCGGGAAGAUGGAUACCCCAUACUCUGACUGAUGAGAACCGGAAUGCGCGGGUGGGCGUGUGCAACUCUCUUCUCCUCCGUAGCCGCCGCGACGACUGGCUGGAUGACAUCAUUACGUCGGAUGAGAAGCACGAAUAUUCCAGCAUGCCGUCUGGUGAUGGAGAGGACACCUAUGUGUGCACGCUUCCUGACUGGCUCCAAGAGAAGGCAGAGAAAGAGCUGAAGGAACGGAAGGAAACCCGAGCAGACGACAUCAAAGCCAUUCGACACUGGCUGGAGAAACAGCCUCAUCUUCAAAGCGUGCCUCGAGAUGAUCAGACGAUCCUCAUGUUCCUGCGGGGAUGCAAGUUCAGCUUGGAAAGGACUAAGGAAAAGCUGGACAUGUUUUUCUCCAUCAAAGCUUUGUUGCCCGAAUUCUUCGAGAACGGGGACCCGAUGCACCCAACGAACCUAGCUAUUUUACGUCUCGGGACGUGCCUUCCGAUCGACAACAAGUACGACCCCGACGGAAGGAAAAUCAUGAUCAUAAGGACCGCUGCUCACGAUCCUGCCAAGACCAAACAGGAAGACAUCUUCCGUGUCAAUAAUUUUAUCGUGGAUAUCAUCCUGCACGAAGACGAGCAGACUCAAAUCUGCGGCUUCAUCGGGGUGAUGGACAUGGCCGGAACGACGUGGGCUCACGGCAUGGCGAUGACUCCAACUCUGAUCAAAAAGGCAAUGACAACCUGGCAGGAUGGAUACCCGACGAGACCAAAGGGAUUCAAUUACAUCCACACUCCUCCUUCUUUCGAGACCAUUUUCAGCAUCUUUCGUGGUUUCAUGAAGGAGAAGAUGAAACAAAGGCUCAGCAUUCACGGGAGUAGACUGGAAUCUUUGCACCAGAAUGUCCCCGCAGAUCUUCUACCCGAAGAGCUGGGUGGAACACAUGGAAACUACAAAGACAUGACGGAUUACUGGAUGAAGAAGGUCCUGAGCCAUCGUGAAGUGAUCAUGGAGAGAGCAAAGCAGAAGUCCAACGAGAAACUCCGUCCUGGGAAAAGCAAGAACUUCGAGGAUGUCUUUGGCAUCGAGGGAUCGUUCAGGAUGCUCAACGUGGAUUGAUAUGAAUAUAAUGGACUGCAUUUCCUAGCGGUCAGCAAGUACAAGACCAUUUUUGCCUAUCCCUUCUCAUUGGUGUUGUUACGCUCGAUAUUGGAAGCAAUGUCACAAUUGAAUAUGGAUAAAUAUGCACAGUUCCCCAUGAUUUUUUGUUGAUUGUUUUAAUGAAAUUAGUGUCCAUUAUACAUGGGAUUAAAAUAUCCAUUGAUUAGUG